AUGAACCGUGAGUUGUUGGUAGUUGUUCCUGAGAUCGUGCCUCCGUUCGUGAACUAUGUCAACUACACUGAAGAGUACGAGGUAGAGAUGGGUUAUGGUCCUGGGAUAGUGUGGCAGGUGUUGAGACAGCUGGCCAAAGAAAUGAACUUGACCUACAAUGUGAAGAAGGUCGGCUACAGUCAGGCUACGCGUUGGGACGAUGCCUUCUCAGCAUUGCAUCACACAGAAGCCGAGAUUAUCGUGGGCGCAGCUGUUAUCCAGGCCAAUACGGAUUCGAAUGUCUCCUUCUCUCAUCCGUUUCUGUUCGAGGCUACUGGGGUACUGUACAGGUUAUCUGGGCAACACAUAUACCGCCGUUAUGGCAUGGUUUACACCAUAUUUCCAGUUUGUGUAAGUUCAGUAAUUUUUGGAGAUAUGAAGCUACAUAGGUUAUAAAAGGAAAAUCAUGUUAUAAACUUUUUUCAGAUCGCUUUGGCUAUAAUAGUAUGUUUGGCAUUGGCAGCGCUUUAUCUAAAGUUUACAAGAUCUUUUUACUGCAGUAAUUACAGUUCAACUGAUAAAAAUGGUAUUACUGAUGUUACUUUUACAGUUUUGGCCAUGUUUUUCAGACAAAGUAAGUAGGUAUACUGAUGUACUAUAGCUUCUCCAGGUGUAAACUUCACUUCUACUGAGUUAUCAACUCAAGUCUUCAUAAUGACUAUGUACUUGUUCUCUUUUAUGAUGUUCAUUGCGGCCAUAGCAGCUUCGUUCUUCUUGCCCAACCUUAACUACGACUACAGAAGCAACACUUUCAAAAGUAAGGUUCUAAUCAUCAUAGAUUAUGAGGCAGAGUAUUCUUAGUUGGUCAAACAAUUGUCUGCUUUAUGUAAUAUGUAUAAUAUAUUUUGUCGCAUAUGGAUGUUUACAGCUUUCCAAGAUGUUGUUAACGCUAUAGAACGGUCCCGGUAUACUGUAGUUUUACACGAAAACUCAGCUAGAACAAUGAUGAUCCAAGUAAGUUGGCGUAUUGUAGAUUACACACAGUGGCAUCUUGUCAUAUAUAGUAUAAUGUUGUACCUCUAUGUAGUGAAUUGUAGAGGACACUUUCAGAAGUCAGUAAUUCACGAAGUAAAGCGACUGUGGGAUUACAUCGACAGUAAUGGUCGUGUCAUAUAUACUACCACUUUAGAUGAGGGUAAGCUUUAAAUAAACACGUAUCUAUUGUACUAAUUUCAAGAUAAAAACUUAUAUACCGUAGUAACUUCGAAAACUAUUAUUUGUAGUAAUUCUGUGAGUCAGACGGUUAUCAUGCCAAUUGCAUUAAUAUUUACAUGAAUUUUACUUUACGUUAAUUAUUGUUUCAGGGGUACAACUAGUACGCGAAAACCCGAAUUACUUGUUAGUGGGACCUUAUGACACUCUAAAUGUGAUAUCAAAGUCUGACUGUAGACUGGAGCUUGUACCUCAACAUGUGCUACCAGCGUAUCAAGCUAUAGCUAUGAAGUACGAUUCAGAAUAUGUUGAUCCGAUGAACAAAAUGUAAGAGUUACUGUAUAUUACCGUACUUAUUUACUAGCUUAUAAUGUAAUAAACCCUCUAUUUAUGGCAUACGCUUUAAAUGUUGAUCACAUUAACAUUCACUUUUCUAGAGUUUUACGACUGGUCGAGCACGGCUUCAUCGAGAAGUGGAUCACGGGCUUUGGCCGGUUUGUGAAUGAGGGCCGGCAAAGAGAGCCGAGUUACUGUACCUCGACCACCUCCCAGUUCCUGCCCAUCAAGCUGCCUUUCGUAACCACCGCCUUCGUAUGUUUGGCGGUGGGCGUGCUCUUAUCGGUGGUGUUACUGGGCCUCGAGGUCUAUGUCCUGACCUUGUCCAAAUAG